GAGAUAAAAAUAUGUCAAUAUAUUAGAUUUCCUUAAAUUACUCAUCUCAUAGAACAUUUAUUCAUUUAGAUGAAACAUUAACGAAGGGAAACAUUGUUCUCCGGAUGUAAGCGUAACGUCUCGCGCGCAUUUCCAGCGAAGCACGAAAAAAUUUCAAGGGAGCGAUGCGCGAUAAGUAAUACAAAUUUGUCAUGGCGGUAGAGAAUCGCGGUAAAAAAUUUACGUGCUAAAAUAUUAGCUUAGAGUACAACGUUGUGAUAUCUUUGCAAGCGGCGCAAAACAUCUAAUUGACAGAGAGAUUAUGGAGUACAAGUUGUUUAUUCAACGACAAGUAAUAUAAGUAUAAAGGGACAGUCAGGUCGUGUAACCCGAUUAUUUCGUUAAAAUAUCUCGGAAUGUUACUACGUACAUUAUGGUUCAUUGGCGUAUUCAUUGCUUCCAUCGUUUUCCACCCUUCCGAGUUUUCCACUCUUGGCUCGCCGGUCAAUACAUCAGUUACUUCGAAAGAACAGAAAGUCUUCCUUGAUUGCCAGUAUACUGAUUAUAGGACCUACAUACAAUGUCUCAAGAGACAAAAGAGGCAUCAUUUCGAUCAUGGACAAAUACAUGGAGAAUACGAUCAUGAAUGUAUGGAAUCAUGCUUGAAGAAAUGUGAUUUAGAUUGCGAUAUAGUAUGUAAAUAUUGUAUGAGGAAAACAAAGCAUAGACACCAAAUAAUUACAGAAUAUGAAUCUGAAUGUGUUUCUGGAAAAUGUACAGAACAGAAGAAGGAAGAUUUACCAAAUGCCAAUAUUACCACUAAUAUUAAUAUUCAUAACAUUAUUCACGGAAAUCUAUCGUGUUGUAAUUCAGGAACUGGGUGUCCACCAAAAAUUAUAUGUCCGCUGCCACCACCAUCAUCAUCUCCGCCAUCAUCAUUAUCACCUCCGACAUCACCGUCAUCAUCGUCACAAUCAUCAUUUCCGACAUCAUCGACACCACUGCCACAACUGCCACAACUGCCAUUUCCGCCAUUUCCGCCAUUUCUGCCAUUUCCGCCAUUUCCGCCACUUCCGCCACCUCCGCCACCUCCGCCACCUCCUCCACCUCCUCCAUCUCCACCUUUGCCAUCACCUCCACUACCAAUACUACCUCCACCAUUACCACCAUUACCACCUCUGCCUCUACCAGUAUGUCCUUCACAAACAUGUUAUCCUUAUAGUUUUAUGUAUGGUCAAAACAAUUUUGGAUGUCAAUAUUGGAAUUUAUAUCCUUGCAUUCAAACUUGGACAAAUCCAGCAGGACCAAUUGAUUGUUCCGGUUGUGGUUAUAAUUAUAGUUAUAAUUCUAAGUGUCAUGUUUAUUGCUAUUAUACAACAUAUAAUAUAAUCCAAUCUUCAAAGUGUAAAAGUUCAUAUUGCGUGGAUGGUACUUAUGGAUAAUGAAUAUCACAG